AUGAGGAUUUACUCUUUGGUGUCACUCCUUCCGCUCUUGGCUGGGGUCUCUGGUCAAGAGGACAUCGAAACAAGCUCAUAUGCUGAGAGUUUUCUUCCAAAAUGCAGAUGCGUUCCCGGUGACAAGUGCUGGCCAAGCAAGCUAGAAUGGGAGGCUUUCAACUUCCUUCUUGGAGACAAGCUCAUCAAGUCUGAGCCCAUCGCGGAAUCAUGCUACGACGGCCCGCACAAGGACCUCACGCAAUGCGCCUACGUCAACAAGAUGUGGCCAGACCAAGACUUCCAGACAGAGAAGCCAAUUGGACGACCGUAUCCUUAUAACAUUACUUGUGCGCCCAUUGACUACGCCGCCGGAGAGAAGCCCACGACCUGCACCUUGGGCCAGCUUCCCACGUACGCCGUCAAUGCCACGUCUCGUUAUCACAUUUUGUCUGCGCUUCUCUUUGCCAGAUUGCGCAAUAUCCGGGUCACUGUUGCCAGCACCGGACAUGACCUCCUCGGCCGUGCUGAUGGCUAUGGUAGUCUUGAGAUUUGGCUUCGCAACUUCCGCAACAGCAUCGAUUUUCAGAAGACGUACUCGUCCGCCAACAGAUGCUCUAAGUCCGGCUGGACAGGGAGUGCCAUACGCAUCGACGGCGCUUGGCAAUGGCGCGAUGUGUACAAGGUAGCCAAGAAGAAUAAUGUCAUUGUCGUUGGCGGUGGUUCCAUUUCGCCUGGUGCUACAGGUGGAUGGCCAUCGGGAGGUGGUCAUGGUCCGGCUUCUCGCAACUACGGCCUUGGAGCCGAUCAGAUUCUUGAGGCAGAGGUUAUGCUUGCUGACGGACGCAUUGUCAUUGCAAAUCACUGCUCCAAUGCUGAUCUCUUCAAAGCUCUUCGAGGAGGCGGCCCUGGAUACGGCAUUGUCCUUGGAACCACGGUUAAAGCACACCCCAACGUUGACGUUGUGACGGCUCACAGACUUGCCAUCGCACCUCUUCAUCAGACGCCUAACAACUCGGACCUGUUGGACGCUGUGGCCCUCCUAGUUCAGGCAUAUCCUCAGUUGAACGACAAAGGAUACUCUGGAUACGCGUUCUGGUUCCGCAAUUUCCCCGUGAUCUUUAUCGGUGGUCAAAAAUCCGGAUACACUCAUGGUAUCUGGACCAUUGGCAAGGGACGAAAGGAGGCGGAGGCUGCUUUUGCCCCAGUCCGACAAAGUCUGGAUAAGCUCAAGGACAAGCUGUUCAUCAACGAGACGUAUGCCACUUACAAUGAUUAUUGGUCCUUCUAUGAGGCAGAGUCCGGCCUUUACGAUCCUGCCGGCCAAACAUCUCUCCUUACCUCCCGCAUGAUCGACGCCCCUUCGGUUUCUGACUACAAAAAGGUCCGAGAAGCGGUCGAGGUUAUGAGCGGUCAGCCAGAGGAAAUCGCAUCAAAUGUGAUCCUGCUCGUCUCUGGCGGCCAGGUCUUCAAGGACGCCGCAGACAAAACAUCUGGGCUCAACCCAGCAUGGCGCAAGUCCCCCUUCGUCAUGGUCACUGGACGAGGGAUUCCAAAGGUAGCCAGCAACGAGAUUCGAAAGGCUGUCGUCGACGACAUCACCUUUGUCAAGGGCGCUGCGAGCAAGAAACUUGCCCCAAAUACGGGAGGAUACAUGAACGAAGGCAACCGCCAUGAUCCAGAUUACAUCAAGGCAUUCUAUGGUGACGCCUAUCCAGGUCACUUGGCCGCCAAGAGAAAGUAUGAUCCUUUUGGUGUGUUUUACUGCCCGACCUGUGUCGGCGCUGAGGCGUUUGUCGAUCGCCCAGACGGAGCAUUGUGUAGAGCAUGA